CUGGAAAAUGGAUACAAAAGUGAAGCAAGAGAAUAAGACUGAAGAAAGGGAUACGAAACAGCUCAACAUAAACAGUUUAGAAAGUCUUGGGCCAUACAUUUUGGAGCAGGAUAACGCGAAAAACUUCGUUUACAUUUCCGAUGUGCCUCAGCUCUGCAAGGAUGAGCCCUGUAUGCUUGGGGUGGAUGAAGCCGGCCGUGGCCCAGUACUUGGCCCAAUGGUAUACGGUAUAGCGUUCUGUCCUCUGUCGAAGAAGGACGUACUGAGGCAGCUCGGUUUUGCCGAUUCGAAGCAGCUGACGGAGGAGAAACGUGAUCAAAUAUUCGACGAAAUGAACCGAAAAGAUUAUGCAGUAGAAUCACUCGGUUGGGCCGUUGAAGCCAUAUCACCCAACGUGAUCUCGAUGAGUAUGCUUCGGAGAACGAAACAUUCACUCAACGAAGUGUCGAUGGAUUCGGCCAUCGGACUCAUCAACACCGCAAUCGAGGCCGGUGUGAACAUAGCCGAAGUGUACGUAGACACCGUGGGUCCACCGGAGAAGUAUCAAGCGAAAUUGAAAGCGAUCUUUCCCAAGUUUAAAAUCACAGUCGCUAAGAAAGCCGAUAGUACGUAUCCGAUAGUUUCGGCGGCUAGUAUUGCUGCGAAAGUUACGCGUGAUCAUGCACUGAAAGUCUGGAAAUUCCGAGAACGAACAAAUGAAGAGGAAAACUCGUUCGGAAGUGGAUAUCCGGGUGAUCCGACGACUAAAGCGUUUUUAGGUGAAAUUGAUCUGGUGUUUGGAUUCCCACGGCUGGUUCGAUUCAGUUGGUCCACGGCGAGCAAUGCGCUCGAAAAGAAAGCCUACGAUAUGGAGUUUGAGGAGGAACCGGACGCGAAGGCUAGUCAAAAGGCUACUUAUGGAAGUGAAAAAUUGUCCAAGUAUUUUUCGGCAUCUAAAAACGAAAACAGGAAGCGACACGAGUACUUCCGGGACCGAUGUUUGGAGCAUGUGGCGGAGAUAUAA